AUUAUAUUAUGAUAUAUAAAGAAGGAAGGAACCGGGUGUGUGCUUUCGAUAUUGUUUGCAUCUUCCUUUCUUCCUAGGCACUGAUACAAGGAACUUUGAGUUUGCUGAGAUGGGACUUUCGGCAUAAGGUGGAUAUGAUUCAAACUUUUGGGUUAUGAUGGUGCAGUUAACUGUUGCUAUCAACUAAGUUUUUUUAUGGAUAUCAGUUUUUGUUUCUUCUGCUACUUCUGGUCUGUUUGUUCUUCAAUUUUGCUCUUGCUUUUCUUGCUUUUAGUCAAAGGAAGUAACCAUUGCCACUUUGCUUUUGCGAGCUCAAAGAGGAAGUUCCACUAUCAUCAUCCAGGUGAGAUGAACAUCAGCAUGCAACACUUAGUAGAGAGACUAAGACCCCUCGUGGGUUUGAACGGAUGGGACUAUUGCAUCUACUGGAAAUUGAGUGAAGACCAAAGGUUUCUUGAGUGGUUGGGAUGCUGUUGUGCUGGCACUGAAAGCAAUCAAAAUGCUGGGGAAGAACAUCUUUUCCCUGUCUCUUCUGUGGCUUCAUGCAGAGAUAUCACUUAUCCACACCCCAGAACAAAGCCCUGUGAUCUUCUUUCACAGCUUUCCACUUGCAUACCCAUUGAUAAUUCUGGGAUUCAUGCACAGACCCUAUUAACAAACCAACCCAACUGGGUGAACUAUUCCAAUGGCAUGGAUCCUAACAUUUUGGAAGAAACAAUUGGGACCCAGGUUUUGAUUUCGGUGCCGGGUGGACUAGUUGAGCUGUUUGUAACUAAACAAGUGUCUGAAGAUCAUCAACUAAUAGAUUUUGUGACAAACCAGUGCAUUGAAGCCGUGAACCACUCAAUGAGCUUCAACAUUGACGUGAGCAACAUGCAAUCAAACCCACUUAUACAAGAUGAAAACGAAGGGAACAACAACAGGAACAAUAAUCACUUAUUCCAUCCAUCAGAACAUGUCAUCACUGAUAUGGACCACCGCAAUAUUGGUCUGUGUAAUUCUCAACUGAACUUCAUGCAGCAGUUCAACUACAACCAGCACAACAGAAUGAAGAGCGAUGCUGCUUUCUCUGAAGAAUACCAAGCUGGUAAUUCCUUCCUUCACGACGAGCAAACCAACCCAGAAGAUGAUCAGGAGCCUGGGCAUGAGCAUGACACGUAUCAGAAAAGCCUCAUGACAAUAGAUUCACAAUACGUGGAGGCAAAAGAUCAGAAGCAAGAGGAAGACAAGGACUUGAUGAAAAACGUUGUUGGCAGAUCAGAUUCAAUGUCAGAUUGCAGUGACCAGAACGAAGAAGAGGAAUUAGAUGGAAAGUAUAGGAGGAGGAAUGGAAAAGGGAACCAAUCCAAGAACCUUGUGGCUGAAAGAAAGAGAAGGAAGAAACUCAAUGAUAGGCUAUAUAACCUUCGUUCUUUGGUUCCUAGGAUCUCUAAGCUGGAUAGGGCAUCCAUUCUUGGAGAUGCCAUUGAGUAUGUGAAGGAUUUGCAGAAGCAAGUGAAGGAGCUCCAAGAUGAGCUUGAGGAGAAUGCAGACACUGAAAGCAACUGCAUGAAUAUUGGUGUAGGUGCUGAACUUGGGCCAAAUGCUGAACAUGAUAAGGCCCAAACUGGGUUGCAUGUGGGAACAUCAGGGAAUGGAUAUGUCUCCAAACAAAAGCAGGAAGGUGCUACUGUCAUUGAUAAGCAGACCCAGCAGAUGGAGCCGCAAGUGGAAGUGGCUCUGAUAGAUGAGAAUGAGUAUUUUGUGAAGGUUUUCUGUGAGCACAGGCCUGGUGGGUUUGUGAAACUGAUGGAAGCGUUGAACACUAUUGGCAUGGAUGUAGUGCAUGCCACGGUAACCAGCCACACGGGACUCGUCUCAAAUGUUUUUAAAGUGGAAAAAAAGGAUAAUGAAACGGUUGAGGCUGAAGAUGUAAGAGACUCACUGCUAGAGCUUACGCGGAACCGUUAUAGAGGGUGGACUCAUGAGAUGACAGCAACGCCGGAAAAUGGGGUGGGAAGGGAUCAACAUCAACUUCACAACCACCAGCAGAUAGGUGCCUACCCGCACCAGUUUCAUAGUUAACCUUUGAUCGACCAUCAUGUGUUCUCUCAUUAUAAACUUUGUUAUAUUAAACAUUUUUAAUAAUAAUUUAGCAUGCGUGAUUAAUAUAGAGCUUUCAUUACUGGAAUAAUUUUAUUUUACAAUCAUACAAAUGUAUGGCAAAAC